AUGGAUGCUCUUGUGGAUAGUCCCCUUGGAUGGCUCUCUGUGGGUAUCACCCUGCUUUUUGGGGCAAUUGUGCUCUACGUGGCCGACAGAAGCCUGAUGGGGAAAGUAAACGUGCUGCUCUGGAGCCUCCUGCUCACCUUGCUGGGGCUGCUGUGCGUGGCCACGCUGGGUGCUGGCGGGGGGCUGGGGGUGUUCUGUGUUGGGAGCCUCGUCUCCUCCGUGUUCCUGGGUGGCAGGGCGCUGCUGCCUGUGGGUGACAAAGCCGUGCUCAUCACAGGAAGUGACACUGGGAUUGGACAUGCACUGGCUAAACACCUGGAUAACUUGGGUUUUGUUGUAUUUGCUGGGGUUUUGAAUAAAGAUGGACCUGGACCUGAAGAACUGAGGCGGACCUGUUCUCAGAGACUCUCUGUCCUGCAGCUGGAUAUAACCAAUGCCACCCAAGUCAAGGAAGCCUAUCUAAAAGUCUCAGAGAAGGUGCAAAAUACAGGGCUCUGGGGCGUUGUGAACAAUGCGGGCAUCCUGGGCUUCCCCGCUGACGGUGAGCUGCUCCCCAUGGGCAUGUACAGGCAGUGCAUGGAGGUCAAUUUCUUUGGGGCUGUAGAGGUGUCCAAGACCUUCUUACCAUUACUUCGGAAAUGCCGGGGGAGGCUGGUUAACGUGUGCAGCAUGGCAGGAGGCAUUCCACUACAGAGGUUGGCUGCAUACGGUGCAUCAAAAGCAGCUCUGUCCAUGUUUUCUGGAGUAAUGAGGCAAGAGCUUUCCAAAUGGGGAAUUAAAGUGGCUGCAAUUCAUCCAUCAGGCUUCCGAACAGGUAUACUGGGCACACCUGAGCUAUGGGAUAAGCAAGAAAAAGAGCUGAUGGAGAACCUCCCGGCAGACACAAGGCAAGACUAUGGUGAGGACUACCUCCUGGGGCUGAAGAGCAACUUCCCGAUCAUGUCUGCCCUCUGUGACGCCAACCUGUCUCCUGUGCUGGCUGCCAUCCUGCACGCGUUGCUGGCCAAGAGACCACACGGCCUGUACACCCCCGGCAAGAGGUCUUAUCUGCUCCUCUGCAUCUUCUGCUACUUUCCCCUCUGGUUUUAUGACUUUUUUAUUAGUAAGAUGCCAAGUAGUGACUCUGUCCCAAGGGCACUGAGAACGUCAGAAGCUGAAAACAAGAAUCUUUAA